UUUACUUCCGAUUUCCGCAUGAUGUGUCAAUAAAACAAAUAACUUGAUUCUAGGCGACGUGAAUGAGAUUUAGCUUGGAUAUCAUUCCAUACAGUCCAGGCCAAGCCUAAUCUGACAAAUGGAUUAUUCUGGAAAAGAAAAGGAAGCCUUGGCCAUUAUGGCUGAGGCAGACAAGAAAAUGAAAACGUCGCAUUCGCUGUUAGGAACGUUUUUCGGGAGUUCCUCCAAGGUCGAGGAGGCCUGUGACUUGUACGUGAGAGCAGCCAACAUGUUCAAGAUGGCUAAGAACUGGAGUGCCGCUGGAGAUGCCUUCUGCAAAUCAGCACAACUCCAUUUACGGGUGGACAGCAAGCACAAUGCAGCCGUUAACUUUCUUGAUGCUGGAAAUGCAUUUAAGAAGUCUGAUCCUCAAGAGGCAAUAAACUGUUUCUGUCAGGCCAUUGACAUCUACACAGAUAUGGGGCGUUUCAACAUUGCAGCAAAACACCACAUAUCUAUUGCAGAAAUCUAUGAAUCUGAGUUAUUGGAUAUAGACAAAGCCAUUGUUCAUUAUGAACAGGCAGCCGAUUAUUUCAAAGGGGAGUCAUCCACCAGUGCAGCCAACAAGUGUCUUGUCAAAGUGGCGACCUAUGCGGCUCAGAUGGAGCAGUACCCGAAAGCCAUUGAAAUAUAUGAGCAGAUUGGGUUUUACUCCAUGGACACUACCCUGUUGAAGUAUGGUGCUAAAGACUAUUUCUUCAAAGCAGCGCUGUGUCACUUCUGUGUGGACAUGCUCAACUGCAAGCUGGCUGUACAGAAGUAUGAAGAACUGUUUCCAGCUUUCUCAGAUGCUAGAGAGUGCAGACUUCUUAAGAAACUUCUUGAUGCAUAUGAAGAGCAGAAUAUUGACGCAUAUGUUGAUGCAGUAAGGGAAUUUGAAUCCAUCUCCAGGCUUGAUCAGUGGCAGACCACUAUGUUACUAAGAAUCAAGAAGACCAUUCAGGACGACGAGAACGACCUUCGCUAAUGUGAAGUCACGAUUCAAAGCACACCACCCGUUCUCCUGUCCUUCCUCUCUCUUUCUCACAGUGUAUUUAUGUGUAAAUUAAGGUCAAGUACAUUUUGUCCAGAGCCUUUUUUUCUCCCAAAUCCUACAGUCUUAAAGGAAAUAUAACUUUUAUCCCCUCUUCUAGAAUAAUCCUGGGUAGGAUUUACUGUAUGUUACCAGCUUUGACCACAACUUCCCCUUGUGGUUAAUGUAACUCAUUAGAAAUGUGAUUAUUUAUGUGUUAACAUUUCCAUUCAUGUGUGUGCAGCUUCAGUAGUUGUUUUAUUUAUUGUUAUUUUAUUAUUUUAUUUAUUUUAUUAAUUAUUAUUAUUAUACAAUUAACGGUUGUAAAUUAACAUUUGAUUUUUAUUUAUUGAUCCAUUCAAGGCUUUGUAUGUGUCAACAAUACUUGGUAGAAUUUAUUAGAGAUUAUAAUUAUUAUUAUUAGUGAUUAUAAUCAUUCUAAUUAAGUAUAAAUUGUGCAAAAUACUGUAAAUAUGAUCAGGUAGAAUCAGCUGAAAUAACACUAGUUGCCAUUGUCUUGUUUUCCUCAAUGGAGGACAUGCUUGGGUGAUAGUUCACCUGAGAAUUAAAAUUCUGUCAUCGUUUACUCAC